AUGGAUCUCGACAUUGAAAUGGACGACGCCGUCGAGACGGUUCACGACGUACCCGUUGCCGAUCUCGGUCGCGACGAUAUUCUCCAGCCCGACGAGCCUGAGGAGCCUGGCGAGGUGGCUGAGGAUGAGCCUGCGACCGACGAAUCCAAGACUCUCAUGCCUACCAAAAUUCACAUCAAGGGCGUCGAUUCUCUACACACAUCUGAUAUCAAGGCCUACGUCAAGUCUCACUUUGGCGACGUUGACCGAGUCGAAUGGAUCGAUGAUUCUUCUGCCAACCUGCUUUUCCCAUCCGAACCUACAGCCCGCGAUGCCAUUGUUGCUCUAAGCUCUGUUCCAGUAGCAGAUGCUACAGCGCUAGCUAUAGGAGAAACACUACCCGCGAAGCCCUUCGAAGCAAGGCCUGAAAUCUCCCUCCAGGUGCGCUUUGCUGUCUUGAGCGACAGGAAAGAGGCAGGCGCUGCCCUGCGGAGUCGCUACUACCUCCUGCAUCCUGAGCACGACCCUGAAGAGCGACGACGAAAGAACCAGGACAAUCGGUCUCGAUACAGGGAACGCGAUGGGGGAUACCGUGGGGAUGGUGGCCGACGACGACGCGCUUCAGAUGACGAUGUCGAGACAUAUGAGGCCAGCAUGUACGACGAUGCGCCCCGUCCAGCACGAAGAAGACGUGACUCCGAUAUCGAGGAACGACCACGUUCAUAUGCUCGCGAAAACCAAGGCAAGGAGCUCUUCUCUGGACGAAGGUCACAACGUGACCGAUCAGCAUCCCCUAGGCGCGACGGUGACGGCGAUGACUUGAUGGGCGACCGUGCAAGCUCAUCCGGAAACAGAGUGAGGGCUCGCGAUCUCAGGGAUCGCAUAUCAGGUGGAAACAAUUCCAAGGAGCUUUUCCCUACCAAGAAGUCCAUCAAGCAAUUCGGCGGAGGAAACCUGGAUACCCUAGAGCGAGCUAUAGGAUCAGCUCGACUUAAGGAUGAGGACCGCCCCAAGGUUGUAAACGUGCCUAACGCGCGAGGAGACGGCAACUCAUUCAACAUCCGUGGCAUGGCGAAUCAGCAAGGAAACGGUGAAGGAUUUGCGAUCAAGGGCGCCGCAGGAGCCAAUGCGCGGGAGCUGUUCCCUACAAAAUUGGGUGGAAACAACGCUGGCAAGGAAUUGUUUGGAGAGGGAGGAAGAUCGAAGACACGCCAGAAGGCCGAGGAUCUCUUUUCCUGA